AUGAACCCCUCUGUUGUGGCUGCCCACAAGAGGAUUGGACUUCUCCAAAAGUUCAACAAAUGGCAAGGGAAAGCCAUGAAAGAUGCAAAAGUCCAUGGACAAGAUGGUGAGCAAGAUCAAAAGUUUGGAGAAGAAGGUUUCUGGUUCUUCAAGCAAGAAGAAGAAGGUCCCAAGGCCCCCACAUUCCCUAGGAGUAGAUCACUCCUCACCACUCCAAGGAGGCUCCCUGCCCAAGAGCCUCACAGAGCCUCUUCUUUCGAGCCAAGGGAAGGAGAAGACAACACGCAGAGAAGGAGGAAGACUCCAAGGCCAGACGCUCCAGCUCGACCACCGGACUCGAUCGAGUCCAAACAGAGGAAACUCAACUCGAUCGAGCUGACGGUCGAGUUGACCUGGAGGAGCCCCAGUUUGAGACCCGGGAUUUCGAGUACGAUCCAACGCCUUACCAGGACUUCUCCAGACUGGACCCCUACACAGCUUCGAGCAAGCCAGCUCCACCAAGGCCAAGGGAGCCACACACACUUUGAAGAUGAAGAAGAGAAGAGAGGAGCCGCAAGCUCGAUCGAGUGA